UUCUUUUUCAGAAUCACUGUUGUUCCAAGAUCGCAUGCUGAUUCACAAUUCCCUAGUCGGCGAUGAAAAUUGACUUGGAAGCAGCAAUAUCUGGAUUAUUUAAUCACCCGCUAUAUGAGAAGAACUUGAGCUUCAAGGAGAUAGUGGAUGAUUGCAAAGAUUUUUUUGAAGAAUCGGGCUUCUCACAUGUGCAGAAUAAAUCUUCUGCAGCUAAGGAGCGCGAAAAUCAUGACAGAAGUUUUUAUGAAACCAUGUUGCCCCUGCUACUGCAAAUAACACGGUUGCGGGACCAGUCUGAACGCAAUGUGAGCAGUCACGUUCGCAUGUUGCACAAGUGGUGGAAUGAAAACAAGACGAUACUGCAUCGAAACCUUAGCCAGCUGGAGGCACUGGUGAGUCAUAGAGACAUGACACUUAGGGUGUCCAAAGAAGUGCUGCAGAGGUCGCAUGACAUGGACGAGGGGCUUCUACUAGGGUCCAUACAGCCUCUGUCGCCUGAAGGCGACUCCGAUUCUAAGAAAGACGAAAAUGCAGGUGUGAGCAGAGAGUCAGACCAGAUCAAGGACUCAUCCAGUCUUCUAGAGUUACCCCCCGACAUAGGGGACGAUGAGGGGGAGAUUCAACUGUCUCCGGGUAGUCCGGCAGACAGUGCCGAGUUGUCCCACUCGUACAGAGACGACAGGGAAAUCAUAAUUCCAGGCGCUUCGAAACCUUUCUUGCUCACUAUGCCAUCAGCAACGCCUCUUGAGCAAUCUCCACUCAAAAACCUGAAAAAUGCUGAUUCUUCUCAAAGUAAUUUAGACGUCAACAGGAACCAUGUGAACAAAAAGAGCCGCAAGACGACUCAUAUUCAAAUGAAUCCCGCCGAAAUCUGGGAGGAGUUUCUCAGGCGCCAGAAAACGGAAGAGGACUUCGCGACUCUAUCUGAAUUCUAUGGGAGACAUGGUACUGCAUACACUAAGAGGUAUGCCUCUCACGCACGCUCCUGGGGACCCGAGGAAAGCACCCGAAUAGUGAUUGACAGCUACAGAGCCACACCUAAAGCCCAGGUGCUGCACCCAAAAAUAAAAGACAGAAUCAUUUAUCACAACUUGGAAGAUUUCCAGCAGUUUGAGAACAGUCUGGCUGAUAAUAGACGUCGAAAUGCGAAGUCAGCACUUGUGAGAGGGAGCUUAAAAUCACCUCAACAGACAAAGCUGGAGAUGAAGUCCCGUGAAGUCAGAUCGGGAAGAUUGUUCAACAAAAACUCAAAAAGCGAAGGCGACAAGAGAUCCUCUAGAACCUUUGCUUCAAGUUAUCAGCGUGAACAGGCUGCUGCUGCCAUGAAGUCAUCAGAUGCAGUUGUUGAAGAUAGUUUCAGAAUGUCAGACGUGGUGGACAGUGCUGUGAACGAAUUAGUCAUCAACAAGGAACAAGUGGGACCUGAGCCGAGCCGGGGAUUCCGACAGCCUUUUAAAGCCAUCAACCCCUUCAAAACAAUCGCCAGUCAAACCAUCACUUUCACCAAAAGCAGACCUGAGACGGAGGUUGAGUUUGAGCCGCCCAUUUUGCUGAUUCCAGGAAUUUCCAGCCAGUCAAAACGGAAGGAUGCCGAGGAGUUUAAACAGACCAAAGACCCAAUGACUCCAAGAACUAUGCCUGGUCAGAGACAAUUGUUGCAGUCGGCAGGGGGGAGUACCUCGAGAGGCAACAGACCCUUCACCUCCCGACCCACAACCAAACCCAAGGACAAGUGGAACAGCCACAAGCCCAGUGACUUGAAUGAGAGGGUGCAGGGCGCGGCCAAUCACCCCUUCUUCCAUGUGAACGAACGAGUGGUGGAGAAAAUGGUUAUGGUCACACAUCUGGGCAAGAGGAGAUCCACUCCAUGGUGGAAGGAUUUUUAUCAGAAGUCGGCCGAUGAACUCACUCAGUAUCUCAAGCCAGGACAGAUGGGACCCCCCAACACGGCAGAAGAGUUUCAUCAGCAGGGUCCAUUAUGGGACGAAAGGGCGGAUAGAGACCCCGCCCUGGAGUACAUUCCAAACAUCGCCAGAAAAAAGAACAUCUUCACCUGGAACGAAGCUAUUCUGGGUACUUCUUGAUCGAAUGAUGACUCACUUUUAAAAUCUGUACAGAUGAUGUUAGACUGAUUGCUGCUCUUACCAUAUACUGGAGUCAUAAAUUUAGUAUUUGCCAUAAUUGAUGCUCUUAUUAGAUUGACUCUAAAAUUUGGGUGCGAGUUACAGAUUUAGUUGUUGACUUUCAA